CCAAGUUACAUUUGGGGCAGAGGGAUUUCUAAGCGGUAAGAGAAGAAAAUCAAAGAACUUGAAAAAUGGCAUUAGUAAAAAGUUCAAAUCUUUAUGUCGAACCUUUCGAUGGAUGUGGCGAUUUUACUCUAUGGCAACAACGAGUAAAAAGUGUUCUUACUCGGGAAGGGACAAUCAAAGCUUUGAAGGUGAAGGUUUAGAGGAUAGGAAAAAUGACGGAUGCUGAGUGGGCCAAACACCAGAAAAAUGACAAACCGAAAAAAUUGUCGGAAGAAGAGUGGGAGGAUUUGAAGGACAUGGAAACAAGUACAAUAUGCCUAUGUGUUGCAAAUAGUAUGCUUCGGGUGGUUCUCAGUUUGACGGACCCGGUGGAUAUUUUGGACAAGCUAGAGAGCCGGUACAAGUCGAAAUCAUUGACAAGUAGGCUAUACUUGAAGAAACAAUUGUUUGGUCUCCAAAUGGUGGAGGAAGCUAACUUUAAUGGACACUUGGAUGAAUUCAACAAGAUUACAACAGAGUUGGAAUCUAUUGAUGUGAAGAUUGAAGAGGAGGACAAAGCGUUGCUUUUGUUGGUUUCAUUGCCUUCAUCUUUUGACAACAUCGUGACCACGCUCUUGUUUGGAAAAGAGACCUUAAAAUUUGAUGGAGUAGUUGCGUUGUUAAUGAAUGAGACUCGGCGGGGUGGCAACGAGGUUUCAAAUGACGGUCAAGCUUUGGUAGCAAAAGGAGCUGGUCGGGAACGAGGACAGUCUAAAGAGAGGGGCGGCGUGUCCCAACGCUUCAAAUCGAGUAGUAAAAGCUUUCGGUGUUACUAUUGCGAUGAAGAGGGUCAUUUCAAAAGGGACGAUCCAAAGAGGAGGAAGGAAAAGAAAGACGGGAAAACACCCGGGACUGCGGCUACAGAAAGUUCAAACCAAGCAAGAGAAGAAGACUUGUUUUUGGCAACCACAAAGAGUCUAGGUAAAUCGGAUUGGAUAUUAGAUUCGGGUUGUUCAUUUCACAUGUGUUCAGUUAAUGAACAAUUUGGUACGUAUCAAACUUGUGAUGGAGGUGCUGUGAAGAUGGCAAAUGGUGCACGGAGCAGGAUUGCAGGGGUUGGAACAAUGCAAGUUCGCAUGUUUGAUGGCGUGACCAACUGCAUUAUUAGCCAGCAUAAUCUUAAAACGAAGCAGAUGAGGCAUUCCCAUGAUUAUCAUCACCACCGAGCCGUAGACGGGCUUGUGACUUUCCUCUCCAAAUCACACCAUGACCUUAAUCUCGUCUCCUUCAAGCUCGAGAAGGAGUUCCAGCAUGUCUACUCCGAUAACACGAACCCCAUGAAGCUUGUGUCACGGAUCAACAAAAUACAGCAGGAGUUGGCGUCCAUUCAGGAGCACUGUCGCGAGCUUCUAGCAGCCAAACAGGAUGUAAUUGACAAAGCCAGGGCAACUUUAGUUUUGAAUCGAUCGUUGCUGCAGAAACUUCAAACACAUGCAGGUCUACCUAUCAUUGAUGACAGUAAUGAUCCAGAAUUUGUUAAUUUUAGCCAGGUAAUUGAAGAAUGGACAGCUCAUGUAAGAGCCGGAACAGAUAAUGAAAACCAGGAGUCUGCUUCUGAGGAUAUCAACCACCUUCUGUUUUCUGCCAUUGUCCCGGGAAAUUGAAAAGCUUUAUUACAGUUUUAUUAUCUAAUAUGAUGAGGUGCUGAAUGCUGAUCAUGGUAGUUAAUGUUAAUUCCCUAUUGCAAAUUGCGAGGGCACACUAGAUGCGCCCAAAAAGGACGAUUCAGUCCCAAAUUCCCUCUUUAAGAUUAAAGUUGUAGUGCAAUGAGGAACAUUUCCCUCUAAAUGAAAUUGUUUUCUCCAUGUAUAUAGUUUAGAUAACUCUUAAGCUGAAACUGGAUAUUUUCAUUGCUCUCGUCCCUGUUAAACCUCUUUUGAUGGAUUUUGCAGUUAGCCUUCCAUAUAAUGUAGCACUUAGAGAAAUAUGAGUGGACAGAAGUUGCUUCAGAAAGCACCAAAAAUGAAGUUCUUAGCAUGCACCAAGGUAAACUUGCAUCUGAGUCCAACUCUGUUUAACAGUAGAUCUUCACAAUUUGAUGUACCUAAUUAGUUCUUAGUUUUUGCGGAAAACUUGAUUUUUACUAUGCCCAUACCUGAUUGAUUGACGAGGAAAUAGAUUGAGAUAAGAUUUCAUUCUUCCCAGUGGUUCCUAAGUUUAAUAUAAAUUGGUUCCCGUA